AGCCCUGGAGCUGGCCACUUCAGCAGAGCUCCACCUCCCUCUCUGUGGAAGGAUGUGAAACCUUUUCAGCUGACUGUGUAAACCAGUCAGAGAGGUCUGGAAAUAGAAACUAAAUCCUACCCUCACUGCAGUCCCUGCCUUCAGGGACAAGGUAGGCAGGAUUCAGAUCUAGGAACUGCAGAACAGAAAGCAAAGGCUGUGUGGACUGAGAGAUCUGGAAGGAAAUCUGAAAACACCCGCCUUGGCUUCCCAGCUCUUCUUCUCUCCAGAGCACCAAGACACCAACACUCUGCAUCCCAUCUGUUCCCUGGAUGCCUUAGCUUGGAGGAUUCCAAAGAGAGCUACCCCAGUGACCUUGCUCCCAAAGAAGACGUGACAUCACAGGAGGGCCACUGGCAUCACUACUCAGGAACAGGUACCAUCCACAUUUCCGAGGCAUGGGUCAGACUUCCUCUUCUACACCCCCUCCAAAGGAAGAUGCUGAUUCGACCUCCAGCUUUGGCACAAAUCUUCAGAAUUUCAAGAUGAAAACCAAAAUCCUGUCUCAGGAAUUAAUUGCCUUCAUUGAAUCAUCCCUAGAGGAUGGAAACCUUCGGGAAACAGUUUCUGCAAUCAGCAGUGCUCUGGGUGACAUAGAGAAAGCCCCACUGAACAUUGCAGUGACGGGGGAGACUGGGGCUGGAAAGUCCAGUCUCAUCAAUGCUCUACAGGGAGUAGGGGCUGAUGAAGGAGGUGCAGCUACAUCCACAGGGGUGGUAUGUACAACCACUGAGAGAACACCAUACUCAUAUGCAAAGUUUCCCAGUGUGACACUAUGGGACCUGCCUGGCAUUGGAUCUACUGCCUUCCAAACACAUGAUUAUCUGACGAAAAUCAAGUUUGAGGAGUAUGACUUCUUCAUUAUUGUCUCUUCUGGACGCUUUAAACAUAAUGAUGCAGAACUUGCCAAAGCCAUUGUGCAAAUGAAUAGGAGUUUCUAUUUUGUUAGAACACACACAGAUAUUGAUCUAAUGGUUGGAAAACUGAGUGAUCCUAAGAGAUUCAAUAAAGAGAACAUCUUAGAGCAGAUUCGAAACUCCAUUUCAAGUAUUCUAAAGGAGGUUACCCGGCAGGAGCCUCCAGUCUUCUUAGUCUCUAACUUUGAUGUGUCUGACCUUGACUUCCCAAAGCUGGAAUCCACCCUUCUGAGAGAGCUCCCAGCCUACAAACGCCACAUGUUCAUGCUCACUUUGCCAGUUGUUACAGAUUCCACCAUAGACAGGAGGAGGGAUAUGCUGAAACAAAAGAUCUGGAAGGAAUCCAUAAUGCCAAGAGCAUGGGCUACCAUACCAUUCAGGGGAUUGACCCAAAAUGACAUAGAGAUGUUGGAACAGACUUUGAAUGACUGUAGGUCUUCCUUUGGCCUGGAUGAGGCAUCACUGGAAAACAUCGCUGAGGAUUUGAACAUGACACUGGAGGAACUCAAGGCAGACAUUAAGUCUCCACAUUUGCUCUCAGAUGAGCCAGAUACAACCUUAACAGAUAAACUAUUGAAGUACAUUAGAAAUCCUUACUUUUCAAAGUUUUUCCACUUGCAAAAUUAUUUCAUUGACACAGUUGCAAGCGAUGUUAAAAUUAUCCUCAGUAAAGAAGAGCUUUUGACAGAGAAGCAUCCUCCAAGGCAUACAGCUACAUGCGAGCCCUCCUCUAGCAGACCUUCUCCUUUAACGGCUCAACUUUUGGCACUCAGCUUUGAAAAUUUUUUUAAGAAUUUCAAGAAGGAAAGCAAAAUCCUCUCUGAAGAAACCAUCACCUUGAUUGAAUCCCAUCUGGAGGAUAAGAACCUUCAAGGGGCAUUGGCUACAAUUAGUCACUCUCUGAGAAACAUUGACAAAGCCCCACUGAACAUUGCUGUAACUGGAGAAACAGGGACAGGGAAAUCCAGCUUUAUUAAUGCCCUGAGAGGCAUGAGGAAUGACGAAGAAGGUGCAGCCCUCACUGGGGUGGUAGAGACAACCAUAAAGAGAACUCCAUACCCACACCCAAAACUUCCCAACGUGACAAUAUGGGACCUGCCUGGGAUUGGGUCCACUACCUUCCUACCACAAAACUAUCUGACAGAAAUGAAGUUUGGUGAGUAUGACUUCUUCAUUAUCAUUUCAGCUACACGCUUCAAAGAAAUUGAUGCACAACUGGCCAAAGCCAUAGCAAAGAUGAACACAAAGUUCUACUUUGUCCGAACCAAGAUAGAUCAAGAUGUCAGUAAUGAACAGAGGGGUAAACCUAAGUCUUUCAAUAGAGACAGUGUCUUAAAGAAAAUGAGAGAUGACUGUGCAGGACAUCUUCAGGAGGCUCUCUCCAGCCCGCCUCCAGUCUUCCUAGUCUCUAACUUUGAUGUUUCUGACUUUGACUUCCCAAAGCUAGAGACCACCCUACUGAGCGAGCUCCCAGCCCACAAGCGCCACAUCUUCAUGAUGUCCUUGCACAGUGUUACUGAGACUGCCAUUGACCGGAAGAGGGAUUUCUUCAAACAGAAGAUCUGGCUGGAGGCUCUGAAGGCUGGAGCAUGGACCACCAUUCCAUUUGGGGGCUUCAUCAGAGAUAAAACGGAGAAGUUGGAGGAGACCUUGAGUCUCUACAGGUCUUACUUUGGGCUAGAUGAAGCCUCACUGGAAAAUAUUGCCAAGGAUUUCAAUGUGUCUGUGAAUGAAAUUAAAGCACACCUUAAGUCUUUCCAUUUGUUAACAAAGAACAAAGACAUGUCCUUCAAAGAAAAACUGUUGAAAUACAUUGAAUAUAUUUCGUGUGUUACUGGGGGACCACUUGCCUCAGGCCUUUACUUUAGGAAGAAUUACUACUGGAAAAGUCUUUUCAUUGAUACUGUGGCAAGUGAUGCCAAGUCUCUCCUUAAUAAGGAAGAAUUUUUAUCAGAGAAGCCAGGAUUAUGCAUGUCUGAUCCUGAAUACUGGAAAAUAGGAAUGAAACUGUGAGGUACUAAGCUUUGGACUGGCUUCAAGCGCAGAGUUAAAGCCUAGUUUUAAGCAGCUAACAUUUUUUAGGAAUGACCAGAAGAUUCGUGUCUUUCAGAGACAAAAUAUCACUUUGGCGAGUGGAAGAAUUGCCCACGGACAAGAACUGUCUUCCAUUUAAGUAUCACAUAUGAGAAUGUAUGGUUGUAUACAUAUGACUUGCAAUAUCUUUGUCUAAUUAAAGUUGGAUCUUUCAUCUCAAAGAGAUUGCCCAAGUAGGACCACACUCCCCUAAGAUGAAGAAGUUAGUAGGCUGUGUAACCAUUUGCACUUUUCUAUAUCUGCCUCAGUUCCAGAAUAAUGACACAGAGGUUCGUUUAUUUAUGCAUUAAUGCCUAUAUGUUAGCUAAGCUUGUUCUCCAAACUAGCGUAUAACUAAAUUGACCUGUUUAUGCUAUUCUAUGUCUGAGAUGUGGCUGGGUGCCUCUUCUCAGUCUCAUUCAACUUCCUUCACAACUUGGUGGUGAAUCUCUUCAGCCUGACUCUUACCCAGAGAUCCUCUCUCUCUGCAAGUUGUCCCAUCUGUUUUCUUCUGCCUUUCUGUGGGCCAUCAGCUCUUUAUUGACAGAUGAUACUUUGACAUAGCGCACAAGAGAUUACUGUUA